AUCAUAUGAUUUCAACCCAAAAUUUUGUACUUAUUAUUUCAGUUCAAAAUUCAAAAAAGAGAUUCAUCAAUUCAAUCAUUUAAAACCAAAAUAAAUCAAAAGUUACCAUCAAAAAACGAAAAGAAAAAUCCACAGCCAAAUCCAAAAUUCCGCCAUGGCUGCUUUCUCCAAUACUUUAAUUUUUUUUUUGGCCUUUGAUAGCUCCAAUUCCAAUACACCACCACUCAAAGUUUUUCACAUAAGCUGAACAAGUUGGUCCCUCCUCUUACCUAAAAAGACAAAAGUUCUUCCACAGCUCAUACCCCACAUGCUCUCUCUUUUUACAAAUCUUGAAAAACAAUUUAUUAAAUUAUACAAUUAGAUUCCAAUUCUAAGCCAAUCCCAGUAAAUUACCCAAUUUUUUGUUUUCCCUUUUUUUUUUUUUUUUGCUGUCAUUUUCCCUCACCCUCCCUCCCUCCCUCCCUCCCUUACCCUUUACCCUUUACCUUCAUUUUGCUUCUUUUUUCCCCAAAUUUGAACAACUCUUCUACUCCCUUUUGUUUAAUCAGUGAAAACCCAGAAAAAAAUGCCACCACCCAAGGAGGUUGCUGGUUUUCCAAGCGAAGAAAAUGAUGAAGACCAACAGUAUUCUUUUGCGGUGGAGUAUACCGGUCCUCCGGUGACGUACGAUAUUCCACGGGCUGUUCCAAUCAACGUCGAGAAAAUCCCAGUUGCGGCUGUUGUUUCUAAGGUACCCCUUUCGAAUACUGAACUACAUAUACCGGUUGUGCCUCCAAUUUUAGCACCGGAUCGUAACAAGUUUUCUAAGGAAUUGCUUCUUCAACCAACUGUUUCACCAACUUCGGUUAUUGCUUUUGAAGAAAGGGUUUCUGAGGAUACGAAUAAUUGUUUGUUAUCUGGGGAGUUGAGUAGCUAUGAGUCUGGGGAGUUAGCUGAAUUGAUUAUUAAUAAUGAUAGUUCUUCGAGGGGAUUAGCAGCGGUUUGUUCUGUUAGUAAUGAACAUUCGAGUAAGCUUGAUUCUUGUGAUAGCUUUGAUAAAUCAAGGGGAAGUUCUUCACGAGCUAGGAUAUCAAAUGAUGAUGAUUUGAAUCAAGCUGAUUGGGGUUCUAACGAGUCUGUUUUGAGUUUGGAUUACCCGUCUUCGCGUGUUUCAUCGCUUAAGACAGGGGAUUGUAAUAAUGAGUCAAAUGGUGAUGUUAGGAGGCCUCAGGUUGUUACUUUUCGAGAUAUUGAAUCGGACGAUGGACUCGACGAGGACUUUAGUCAAGAUGAGGUGCAAGCUCAGGUUGUUAGAGUUAAAAGAGAGCCGCAAACAAAAGGGAAGAAAGGGUCAUGUUAUCGAUGUUUUAAAGGGAAUAGGUUUACUGAGAAGGAGGUUUGUAUUGUUUGUGAUGCUAAAUAUUGUAGUAAUUGUGUGCUUAGAGCUAUGGGGUCUAUGCCUGAAGGAAGGAAAUGUGUUACUUGUAUUGGAUUUCCGAUUGAUGAGUUGAAACGUGGAGGCUUGGGAAAGUGUUCUCGAAUGCUUAAACGUUUGCUUAAUGAUUUGGAGGUAAGACAGAUAAUGAAGGCUGAAAAGUUGUGUGAAGCAAAUCAGCUGCCCCCUGAGUAUAUUUGUGUGAAUGGUCAAGCUCUUUCGUAUGAGGAGCUAGCUAUAUUGCAGAGCUGCCCUAACCCACCCAAGAAGCUAAAGCCCGGAAACUAUUGGUAUGAUAAAGUAUCUGGUCUUUGGGGAAAGGAGGGACAGAAACCUUCGAAGAUAAUUAGUCCCCAUCUGAAUGUUGGUGGUUCUAUCAGGCCAGAUGCUAGCAACGGAAACACACAAGUUUUUAUAAAUGGACGAGAAAUCACAAAAGUUGAACUUCGGAUGUUGCAGUUGGCAGGGGUUCAAGUUGCAGGCAACCCACAUUUUUGGGUGAAUGAGGACGGGUCAUACCAAGAAGAGGGACAAAAAAAUACGAAAGGAUAUAUAUGGGGAAAGGCUGGAACAAAGCUUGUCUGUGCUGUAUUAUCACUGCCUGUUCCUUCUAAAUCUUCAAAUUCUUGUGAGGAGCAACUGAAAAGCAUGACCAGCAGAUCUGUUCCUGACUAUCUUGAGCAGCGCACAUUACAGAAAAUUCUGUUGGUUGGAUCUACUGGAUCUGGGUCAAGUACCAUAUUUAAGCAGGCAAAGAUUCUUUAUAAAGAUGUACCAUUCUCAGAGGAUGAGCGAGAAAAUAUUAAGUUGACUAUCCAAACCAAUGUGUAUGGUUAUCUUGGCAUCCUUCUUGAGGGCCGUGAACGUUUUGAGGAAGAGAGUUUGGCUGAAAUGAGGGAAAGGAUAAGUUCCAAGGAAACUGAACCUGAAGGUAGUAGUGAUGGUGCUGACAGCAAAACUAUCUAUUCCAUUGGCCCGAGGCUCAAAUCAUUCUCUGACUGGCUUCUGAAGACUAUGGUGUCUGGCAAUUUAGAAGCCAUUUUUCCAGCUGCUACUCGUGAAUAUGCUCCAUUAGUUGAGGAGCUGUGGAAACAUGCAGCCAUUCAGGAAACUUACAACAGGAGAAAUGAAUUGGAAAUGUUACCCAGUGUUGCUAGUUAUUACCUCGAGCGGGUUGAUGAGAUAUUGAAAACGGACUAUGAACCUUCAGAUUUAGAUAUCCUCUAUGCUGAAGGUGUUACUUCUUCCAAUGGUCUUGCCUGUGUCGACUUUUCUUUUCCCCAAUCUUCACCCGAUGAAAAUAUCGACACUGCUGAACAGCAUGACUCAUUGCUCAGGUACCAAUUAAUUAGAGUGCAAGCAAGAGGCUUUGGAGAAAAUUGCAAGUGGCUAGAGAUGUUUGAAGAUGUUGGGAUGGUCAUCUUCUGUGUUUCAUUGAGUGACUAUGACCAGUACUCGGCUGAUGGGACUAAUAAGAUGCUACUGAGCAAGAAAUUCUUUGAAACCAUUGUUACUCAUCCAACAUUUGAGCAGAUGGACUUCCUUUUAAUACUAAACAAGUUUGAUAUAUUCGAGGAAAAGGUAGAACGGGUACCAUUGACUCGAUGCGAGUGGUUUGAUGAUUUUCAUCCCCUGAUCAGUCGUCAUCGUACAAAUACAAAUAGCAACAGCAUUAAUAAUAACCCUACCCUGGGACAGUUAGCUUUCCAUUAUGUUGCUGUCAAGUUCAAGAGACUUUAUUCUUCACUCACUGGCCGGAAGUUGUAUGUUUCACACGUGAAGGGACUGGAACCCAACAGCGUUGAUGCCGCACUUAAAUUUGCAAGGGAGAUUCUAAAAUGGGAUGAAGAGAGAAUCAACUUCAGCUUAAGUGAACACUCAUUUUACAGCACCGAAGCAAGUUCCUUCUCUCAUUGAUGUCUAAUUUCCGGGUCAGAAAAGGUCUCUUUUUUGGUCAUCAAUGCCAGUGUACAGUGUCAUGACUCAUGCUAUUGUGCUUUAUUAGGGUAUUAGAAUACAAAUUAUAAUGGAAUAUAUAGUGAAUCUCCAUUUCUUAUACAGUGAGACCAGAUGUAUUUUUGUAAAAUGCUUUGUCUAGUUUCUUCCUCUGUACACAAUUCAUUACAUUCAUUUGUAAUAUAUGAUGGAAAUGCAUGGUUCAGUGAUUUGCUAA